GCCUGUCAACAAAGCGGUGCGCACGUGUGCGGAGCCGGCACUAGGCAAAAGUAUCUUUAAAUACAGAAUUAAACACAUUCGCGAAAAGCUAAAAAAUUUGUGUGAGUCAAAGCUUAAAAAUUAACAAUCGGGUUAAAAAUUGUGUUUGAUGUGAGCGCGUUAUCAUUACAAAUAAAUAACAGAAGAUCAAAUGACAUAGAAAUUGUGCGAAAAUUUAUUGCAGCAUGUGAAAUUCCCAGAACUGUCAAGUGUCAACUCAACUAAAUUGAAAUAAGCUAAAAAAAUUCACACACAUCAUCGUUAUUUGAUUUAGUUAACCAUUUUUAAAUUCUGUGCAACAACUUGAUUUUGCAUGAGGCAAAUAAAAUUCAAAACAUACACAUCUGAAAUAUUUGUAAGCGAAAACAAAGCGAAUACUAUUUUGUUGGACCCCAAACGACAAACAAAAAAUAAAAAAGACAGAAGUGAGAGUGAAAGAGAGUUAGAGAGCUGAAAGAAUUAUGUGAUGGAUGCAGGCAGCUGUUUCAUACUUCGGACUACGCAUCAAGUAUGGAAAACAUAUCAAAAUAUUUGAAUCUUAGCGGCGGGCAUCAACUAAUGGGCGUUUCCCGGGAUUGAAAAUUAGCCAGACGCACAUAACGACAGCAACAAGAUAAAAAGGAGCAUAAGGGGGAGCAACAACAAGCCGCACAACAAACAUGAAAGGCUACUCGAAACCAAAUGGUGCCGCCAACCGCAGCUGCCACAUGGACCAUGUCCAUAGCGGCUGUGGCAUCCUGUUAUUUGUGCUGACAGCUCUGACACUAACGAGCUUAAUAACGCCCACAGAGCAGUUGACAGCGACGUCGACGACGGCAGCGACGAUGAUGACAACAACAACAAAAACGACGGCAGCGAUGUUACCAAAUGUCACAGCAACAACUACAACAACUGCAACAAUAACAGCAAAAACACAAACGGUUAGUAAAUCCAGAAAUGGCAGCGAGCACACAAAUGGGAAUUUUUCAAUUUUGGGCCUAUAUUUGCCGGAUUUUAAUGGGACACUUCCCAAUGGCAGUGGACCCUACGGUAAUCAUAUGAAAUGUGAUAAUGAUUGGAACUAUGGUGUGUUGCUCAUCACAAUGAUACUCUAUGCCAUUGUCUGCAUUGUGGGUCUCUUUGGCAACACUCUUGUCAUCUAUGUGGUAUUGCGAUUCUCCAAAAUGCAGACGGUGACCAACAUCUAUAUACUCAAUUUGGCCAUAGCUGAUGAGUGCUUUCUGAUCGGCAUACCAUUUGUGAUCAACACAAUGCAAGCGAGGAACUGGGCCUUUGGCACCUACAUGUGUAAGGCGUAUUAUGUGAGCACCUCCGUCACGCAGUUCACCUCAUCCAUAUUUCUGCUGAUCAUGUCGGCGGAUCGUUAUAUUGCCGUCUGUCAUCCGAUAUCCUCGCCUCGUUAUCGCACGCCAUACGUAUCGAAAUUGGUCUCGGCCGUGGCCUGGAUGACAUCGGUGCUGUUAAUGCUGCCGGUUAUACUAUUUUCCAACUCCGUUGAAGUCGAGCCUGGUCAUAUGUCAUGCGUCAUUGAGUGGCCCGAGUUGUUCAAUACCCAGUCGGACUCUGCCUUCAUCCUGUACUCGCUUAUUCUGGGCUUUGCCACGCCGUUGAUCUUCAUUCUGACCUUCUACUAUCUGGUCAUCCGCAAACUGCACACGGUGGGACCCAAGCACAAGAGCAAGGAGAAGAAGCGAUCGCAUCGAAAGGUUACCAAAUUGGUGCUCACUGUGAUCACCGUGUACAUUCUGUGCUGGUUGCCACAUUGGGUGUUGCAGGUGGCGUUGAUCAACCGCAAGGAGAGGUGCUCCUCAAAGUUGCAGGUGGUAGUGUUCCUUGUCUGCGGUUGCCUUACCUACUCCAACUCGGCCAUGAAUCCCAUACUCUACGCCUUUCUCAGCGACAACUUCAAGAAGAGCUUCAUGAAGGCCUUUACCUGUGCAGCCCGCAAAGAUGUCAAUGCCCAGCUGCAACUGGAGAAUAGCUUCUUUCCCAAGUUUGGCAAGGGGCGACAAUCGGAGCGUCUAAUUGGAUCCAACAAUGCCGCUGGCAAAAACGCCAAAAACGGCAAAAACAAAAAGAAAUCCCUGGUUAGUGGAAGGAACAACAAUGCGGCCAUGACCACAACCACAACUACAACAACUGCUGGAACUGAUGUCAUUACCUCCAUUCAACCAAUGGCAACGACCCUUGCCCCAUCCCAAAUGACACCCAAUGCCACUGCCCUGGUCGUUGUCAAUGCCGAGACCAACAACUGUAAGCCUCCCGUGCUUCACACGGACUUAUAAGACCAGGCUCCUGGCAUGCCGCUCGAGACGGUUGUAUAUAUAGCGCGCAGAUGAGUUCGAGUCCAACUGAAAAACCAUGAUCCCAAGGAGCUGCAGAUGAGCACAGAGCUGAUGAGGCCAUUGGAGUGCUUGUUAUAGAGAUGACAUUGAUAUUUAUUGGUAUGUGGGUGUGUGGUUUAACCCCUUCUUGAUUUUAUUUGUAGGGGUGUGUAACGAAUAGGUGAAUAAAGCCAAAGAUAUAAUCUUAGAGUAUUAUGAACGAGCGUUAAGCCAAAGAUUUAAUCAAAGAAAGACUUUGACAUCAAACGCUUCUAGGAUUCUCUCACAAUUGAUUGAAAUUGAAAAAUGAAACAGAAAAUCCCGAAAAAAAAAAACAAGUCAAUGAGAAUUCACAAAUUCCAGCAGAAAUAUUAAACAAACAAUUCCCCUGGAAAUAAAACGAAACUUUGACAAAAA